AUGGACGCCGUCAGUAUAGAAAUUCCGCUUUCAAUAAAAAGCCAUCGAUGUCUCCAUUACAGCUACUUUAUAUUUGGUCCUCGUGCCGUCCUUGUUGUUGCCUACCUAACUAACUAUCUAGAACCUUAUUAUCUUUGGGAUUUUUUAAACGUACAUGAUAAGAGUCCAGAGAUCAAGUUUAGCAGAGCUUCCGCGACACUUCCCCUUGGAACUAACUUUAAGGUGGUUUUUCGAGCAUACUUUGAUUUUUGGCCACGAACUACUUCUUUUGUCCUUCUCGACAAUAUUUCUAUAACAGAAGGAAUUUGCAAGACAUGCAGUCCUGAUGAAUUCAGAUGCAGUGAUAAACGGGAUGAAUGUAUCCCACUAGAUAAAGUUUGUGAUCUGAAGUCUGACUGUCUGAAAGGAGAGGAUGAGGCGCAUUGUGAGAAGAAUAUCAGUAAAUCCCUAUGCAGACAAGACCAGGCACUGACGUUUCAGAAUUUAUCCAGACGUCAUGAGGUGGAGCAGACACAAUAUACCCCUGCAGCAAAUAUUUGCAUUGAUUGGGAACAAUGCCACUUGAAUUCUUCGAGCACCUGUUUUCUAUAUUGCCCUGUUAAUUGUUCCUGUAUUGAUUUAUCUGUUAAUUGUUCGUCUGCAAAUGCCCCAGUUUAUGCUACCUCUAUAUCUUUUUAUGGUUUACUGCAUGAAAAUCUAGUUAUAAGUGAGAGUCUGUUUCCUAACCUCAAACGAAUUAUCAUUACUAAUUCUAUAAUUGAUUCAUUUAAUAUUAAAUUUUACGUAUACAAAAGUUACUUAAACAACAAAUUUGAUUUCUUUGUUCCCUAUUAUUUAUGGAAAAAAUUUACAUUUGAAUCCCAUGUUCAAACAAGUUCAUUGAAUAAUACGGACUCUAAAAUAUAUGAGGGAAAGGGCGUUCAUAUAAAAAUGGUGGAAACACAUGGAUUUCAUCAGAUGUUCGAGAAACUUAGUUAUACUGUGGUUAAUUUUAGUAACUGUUAUUUGACUGAUCAACCAGCUUCAUACUAUGAAACAUUUACACUUGAUUUAAGCCACAAUCGUUUAACAGCAUGGCAUAUUCUGUCUUUAAUUCAAAUUUUACAUCUUCAGCAUAAUUUGAUAGUCUCGAUAAAUUACACCAUUGACCUUGGGUUAUCCGAUGCUCAACUUCAUUAUCUUGAUUUAUCGUAUAAUAAGAUUGAAAGAAUAGCCAAUAAUGAUUUAGCUGUAUUAAACAACCUUAUGUAUCUGAAACUUCAACACAACUUUAUAAGUUAUCUUCAUCCAAGAGCAUUUUUAAAAUUAUCUGAGCUUAUAUAUUUAGAUUUAUCAAAUAAUCAACUUAGUGAUUUGAAACGCAGUCAUUUUAUUCAUCUUUUAAAUCUUCGCUAUCUUUAUCUUCAAAACAAUAAACUAAGGGUAAUAGAAGGAAUGUUUGAUGGUCUCAUGAAUAUUCAGUAUCUGCAGGUCGAUUCCUACACCCUUUGUUGUGCACAACCAAAGGCUGUCAGUAAAAUUCAGUGUUUGGCACCCGUGAACAAAAUCUCCUCCUGCAACGAUUUAAUAGACACCCCUCUCCUAAGUAUAGCAAUAUGGUACAUUGCCCUUCUAGGUGUCUGUGGAAAUUUAUUUGGAACAUGCCAUAAAUUACUCUUGCUGAAUAAGAAUUCAAGUACAAGUAAACCGUUUGAUAUUCUUUCUAUAAAUCUUGGUUUCGCAGACUUUCUAAUGGGUGUGUAUCUUUACAUCAUAGCAGGAGCUAAUUUAAAAUUCAGCGACCGCUAUGGUUUUGAAGAUUUCUCGUGGAGAAAUAGUCCUUUAUGUACUUUUGCUGGUGUUUUAGCUACUCUUUCUAGUGAGGCUUCCGCUCUCUUUGUACUUUUUAUCACCAUUGACAGAAUUUUGGUCAUUCGAUUUCCAUUUGCGAUGCUAAAUAAGAAAAUUAAGAUUGCAAAGACCGUUUCCGUGUUAGUAUGGACAGUUUCUUUUCUGCUGUCAUUGCUUCCCUUAUUUGGGAUUGAGUACUUUGAUGGUUAUUACUCCGGUUCUGGAGUGUGUAUCUCUUUACCUCUAUCAGUUCUUCGGAAACCUGGAUGGGAAUAUUCUAUGGUUCUCUUCGUGGGGGCAAACUUUGUCAUCUUUAUCAUUGUUCUUCUUGGGCAAAUUUUCAUAUUAACGGAUGUUGUUCGGUUUGAAAAGAAAUCGUGCCAACAAUCAUUUUCCCAAAAAAGAACAGAAAUAAAACUAGCAAAAUCCCUAAUGGCUGUUGCAGUUACAGAUGUGCUGUGUUGGAUUACGAUUGGGACUAUAGGGUUUCUGACAUUUAUGGGAAUUGACGUCACGAAUAAGGUGUACGCUUGGGUAAUUGUCGUAGUUCUCCCUAUAAACUCGGCACUUAAUCCCCUUAUCUACCUGUUGUCUGUGAUAUUGAACCGUGGUAAUGAACAGGUAUGUAGUUCUAAAACUGAUAAACAGGUACAAAGUUCUAAAUAUAGUGACUGUCGUAGUUCUUCCUGUAAAUCUUAUCUACCUGCUGGUUGUGAUUUUGAACCGUAA